UGUGUGUGUGUUAUGUGCAUGUGUUUGUAGAUGAUUGAACAAAGGUCAAUUAUGUUAGAUAAUGCAUCUAUUAAAAUACUUGUUGUUAAUUUGCAUCAGUUAGUGUUGAGUGAUUAUGUCCACAUCAGACAUCCACCUUAAAUCUUCUCCCCUUGUGGGUGCAAUUGAUGAGGGCACUUCAAGUGCUCGGUUUAUCAUCUUUGAAGCAGGCACCACAACAGUGGUGGCAAGUCAUCAGGUAGAGCUCACAAAGCAGUUUCCACAGGAAGGAUGGGUAGAACAAGAUCCCAUGGUAAUUUUAGAUGCAGUAUAUACAUGCAUAAAAUGCAGUGUAGAGAAAUUAAGUGAUUUGGGCAGGAGUGUGGAUGAGAUAGUUGCAAUUGGGGUCACUAACCAAAGGGAAUCCACCAUUGUUUGGGAUAAGACAACAGGUGUUCCUUUGCAUAAUUCAAUUGUUUGGUUGGAUAUGAGAACAGCACAAACUGUGGAUCAAUUGUUGGAUAAGGUGCCAAAUAAAAGCAGAAACAAAGAAUAUUUGAAGCCACUAUGUGGACUCCCCAUGUCACCAUACUUUAGUGCCUGCAAAAUACGAUGGUUGCAAGAUAAUGUGCCUAAAGUUAAGAAGGCUAUGGAUGAGGGAAGAUGUUUGUUUGGAAAUGUUGAUUCUUGGCUUAUAUGGAAUCUAACUGGUGGUAAAAACAAUGGCAUACAUAUAACAGAUGUAUCCAAUGCUUCUCGAACCAUGCUAAUGAAUAUAGACUCUUUAAAAUGGGAUCCUACACUAAUAAAUUUCUUUGAAAUACCUAAAAAUAUUUUGCCAAACAUUAAAUCCAGCUCAGAAGUUUAUGGAGAGGUGCAAGAAGGACCUUUGAAAGGUAUACCAAUUUCUGGAUGUUUGGGGGAUCAGCAAUCUGCACUUGUUGGUCAACAAUGCUUAAAGAGUGGUCAAGCAAAAGCAACUUAUGGAACUGGAUGUUUCUUGCUUUACAACACUGGAAAUGUUAAGGUCAACAGUACUCAUGGACUAAUAACUACUGUAGCCUAUCAAUUAGGCCCAAAUCAACCACCUGUGUAUGCUCUUGAAGGUUCAGUGGCUGUUGCUGGUGCUGCACUCUCAUGGUUGAGAGAUAACAUGUCUAUAUUACCUCAUUUUGGAAGAGCACAAAGUAUUGCCAGGGAAGCAGAUUUAAUUGUUGGUGGAGAUGUAGUAUUUGUUCCAGCCUUUAGCGGUUUAUAUGCGCCCUAUUGGCAACAAAAUGCCAGAGGAGUAAUUUGUGGUAUAUCAGCAGAAACAAACUCAAGUCAUAUAAUUAAAGCAGCUCUAGAAGCCGUCUGCUUUCAAACAAGAGAUGUUUUAGAUGCCAUGGAUAAAGAUUAUGGUCGUCGUUUACAAAAUAUGCAAGUUGAUGGUGGGAUGACUGCAAAUAGUUUACUUAUGCAAUUGCAAGCUGAUUUGGCGGGAGUAACAGUAAAUAAACCUAAUAUGGCUGAGAGCACAGCUUUAGGAGCUGCAAUGGUAGCAGGCGCAGCCGUUGGAUGUUGGGAUAUUGUAAACACUCCCCUUGAAAUCCCCUUCCAAACAUGGUCUCCCAGGUAUACAGAAAACGAAAGAGAUGUUUGUUAUGUUCGCUGGAAAAACGCAGUGGAAAGAGCGAUGGGGUGGGAUAUAUAGAACUUAUAUAAGUUGAAGAUAGUUCAAAAUACGUUUUUAUAAGACUGUACAAUAAAUAUACUGAACAUA